GCUUCAGUGGCAAUGUUCAGAUCAGUUGAAAUAUUUAUCUUUUUCUUCUUUCGUAAAACAAAUAGUUUUUAAUAUUAAUAUAAUAUAUUAUAAAUUAACUUUUGUUUCUUACAUAUUGAAAUAAUUUUUACAUGAAAUAGAUAGUAAAAUCAUUAUUUUUAUAAUCAUGAUGAUUUAGUAAAAGUUAGGUUAGGAUUAACUUGUUUUGCAUAUGUGAUAAUAAUUUAUAAAUCUAAAUAUUAACAACAAAAAAUUAUCAAAAUGAUUUUAAGUACUUGUCGGUUAAUAACAAAAAGAUUUGAAACAACGAUAAAAAGUAGUCUAAUAAGAAAUUUUUCUAAAAUACCAAAUGAAUCUGAGAUACGAAGGAAAAAAAUGUUGACCACCGCAUAUUAUAUGACAUCACUUGGAGUUGUUUUUGUUGGUUUAUCAUAUGCUGCAGUUCCAUUGUAUAGAAUAUUUUGUCAAGCUUAUAGUUAUGGUGGAACUGUUGGAAUUGUUGGACAUGAUUCUACAAAAAUAGAGAAUUUAAAGCCAUUGAAAGAUAGAAUAAUAAAUAUUCGUUUUAAUGCCGACACUGGAGCUACAAUGCGUUGGAAUUUUAAACCCCAACAAUCUGAUAUCAAUGUUAUUCCAGGAGAGACAGUUUUAGCAUUUUACACAGCCACAAAUCCAACUGAUCUUCCAGUUACAGGUGUUUCGACAUAUAAUGUUAUACCAUUUGAGGCUGGUCAGUAUUUUAAUAAAAUUCAAUGUUUCUGCUUUGAAGAACAACAGUUAAAUCCACAUGAACAAGUUGAUAUGCCAGUAUUUUUCUACGUGGAUCCAGAAUUUGCAUACGAUCCAAGAAUGGAACAUGUUGAUCAAAUUGUUCUAUCGUACACAUUCUUUGAAGCUAAAGAAGGACUUAAACUUCCAAUUCCAAGUUACAUAAAGAAACAUUUUGAUAAACAAAAUGUAACUACUGGAACGAAAUUGUUAGAAUCGUAGAAAUUGUAAAUACAUUUAAAUAAUUGUUAUUCAUCUAUAUAUUUAAUUUUAAAUAGAACUAUGCAAAAAAAGAA